AUGUCGAACAACGAGAAUGAGUGGAACGGAAAGCGUAGGCGCCUCCACGGUAGUUGCGAUGCAUGCCGACGGAAGAAAGUCAAAUGUGAGUUCAAGUUCGACCACGAAUCUCCGGAAGUCAUACGUCUACCUGUAGGCAACAGCGCUGAGAUGCCUCAUGGCCGGUGUACCAACUGCAUAAAUGCGGCCAUUCCGUGUAUCAACACCCGCGCAAAGGCGGAGGAAACUGCAUCGGCCGCUGCAGAGCUCAAUAAAUCUGCGCAAGCUGAGGUCGCGAAGAUUGCUACAGGCUCGUACGAACCCCCAAACGACUUGUCGACGUGUCAAAGGCUCCUCCGUGAAGUAGGCAACUACGCGCGCAGUCUUGAACAGGCGUUGGCCUCGCAGUCUAGUACUUCGGCGCGCUCCUCGCAGUCUCCUCAGCCGGAAAAUGGGGCCAUCAGUGUCAAGUAUGACGAUACCGCCCUUGCCAUGCGACCACUCGACCCGUUGACGGGCUACCCAGCGAAUGACCGAUGCUAUGGCGAUUCCAGCAGCCAAACCUUUUCCAGGACCGCAAUCAAGCAUACCGCUGAAAACGGGAAAACUCUUAUCGUGGGCCUUCAACGUCCUGAUUACUGGACCGCCUCUCCGUGGGAGAUUCGGCCUGCAAACGAUGGUCCCUUUACGUUCCCCGACAAGGCGCUUAUGGAAACGCUUGUCAGCAUCUACUUCGACCUCAUUAAUCCGAUAUGGAACUUCCUCCACCCACCGACAUUCCGUCAAUCGAUGGCGGAAGGCCUUCAUUUUACCAAUCGAUGGUUUGGUGCCGUUGUUCUUGCGGUCUGUGCAACAGCUAGCCGAUACUCGAACGAUCCAAGAGUGUUCAUCGACGACGAGCGGGAACAUAGCGCUGGCUGGAAGUGGUUCAGGCAACUCGAACCAGAAUGUAUUAGAAUCGCCGACCAAGAUCAUCUCUGUCAGCUGCAACUAUUCGCGUUAUCCACGCUCUAUAUUACCUCCACCUCCCAACCAGACGGAUGCUGGCUUACUAUAGGCCUCGGCAUUCGCUUCGGUCAAGGGCUCGGACUCCAUCUCGAAAGUACAUACGAACGCAUGGCCCCGCUUGAGGGCGAGCUUUAUCGCAGAACAUUUUGGGCACUCAUUUUCUGGGAUGCGCUGACCACCGCUAUUAAAGGGCGACCGGGUAUAACCAACACUAGCGAGUGCACCGUUAAUCUCCCCGCCGUUCGCGACUACAAGUACUGGACCGUUCGGGAGGCAGUUACCGACCAAUCUAACUCCAUCCACGCCUUCUAUACGAUGCAAUUUCGACUGAUGCCUUUACUUGAGCGCAUUGGUCGGGUCGUGCAUAACAGUAGAGGACCUAAAGCUGUAGACAGCGACAUCGUUGACCUCGACUCCGCACUCAAUCAAUGGCUUGACGAAAUACCUCAACAUCUUAAAUGGGAUCCGCGUCAAGACAUUCCUAUAUUGCUGGACCAAUCUGCAUUGCUAUAUGUUACAUACUAUCACGCCCAGCUCUUGAUUCACAGAUCAUUCCUUCCGACCCCAGGCAAUCCUUCACCAGCAAAUCCCACUUUCCCGUCCAUGGCUAUCUGUGCUAAUGCCGCUCGCUCCAUUGGCCAUGUUCUCAACACUCAAUCCAGAGGAGGACGCGGACUUCUUUAUACUCCAUAUGUGGUCUCGGCCCUGUUCGACGCGGCAAUUGUGCUUCUGGUGCAUGUCUGGUCCGUCGUCGGCGACGCUUCUCCGGAAGACUUCAAUCGCGCGACUGUGGAUGUCCGCGGCUGUCUCCAUGUUCUGCGUCUCUAUGAACGGCGUUGGCGCAUCGCUGGCCGGUACUGCGACAUCCUCAAUGCUGUCCUCAAUAUCGGGCGACAUACAUCGGAAACGAGCCGGGGUCAAUCGAAGAUGAAGCGCCCCAGGGGGGAGGAAGACGUGCCGUCGUCGCUCCAGGGGCUGCCGUCCCCGCCGACGUCGGAACCGUCCAUCGACGAGCAACUCGAGGCGCUGCAGCAAUCGUUGCAGGCGACUGAACAUCUCUUUUCGCUGCCGAUCCGCACUGGGGAGCUGGGAAGCCUCCCCGUGUAUACGUCUUGGCCGUUCGAUUCCGCACCGGCGCCCCAACGGCAGGAGUUGGCGAUAGACCCGUGGCUUCUGCCACAAUCGCAGUCAGCCCCUUCGACCAAGGAUCACGAUGAUUUUUUGGGUAUCAUGCCGGCGGAGAACGAUCACCUUUUCUCGCAAGAGCCAGCGGCCAUGCGCCGUCAAGAAAACCUCCCCAUCUCAUACGAUUGGGACGGCUGGGCCGCAUUUUUGGCAGCCUGA